ACAGUACAAUAUAUGCGUAGAAAACGUAUCGCAAGGUGUAUCGCACGUUGUAUGAUUGAAUAUUUGUUGAUAUUGUUAUUUAUUGUGGUCGCCGGUUUGCGGGGAAGAACGAACGAUUUUGUGGAAAAAAUAAAAUGCCUCGUCAAAAAUUUCGUGCCAAAUAUGGCAAAAGCUAUACGAAUAAAGGGAAAAAAUUUGGUGGAAAUAAAGUGAAAAGUGGAAAAAAAUCAACCGAAUUUGCGAGCAAAGAGACGAAAAAAUACAAAUUCAUUCGCCGAAAUCAGGAGAGUGAAGAAGCUUUACGAAGACAGCAGCAAUUGGAAAAGGAUUUUCGUGAGAAACAUGCAUCAAGUAAUCCAUUAUUGAAUGCCGAUGGCAAAGAGAGUGAUUCGGAUGAGGAUAGCAAUGAAGAAGGUACGUCGCUCGAACAAUUAAUGUCGACAUUUCAAGCUGCUGGUGGCUAUAAAACCAAUGCCGAUAAUCUCAUUGAAAGUGAAGAAUCAGUGGACGAAGAGGAAUCGGAACAUGAAACCAAUUUAAAUGAAACGAACGAUGAUAUUUUUAAGUUCGAAGAACAGUCGCAGCCACGCGGACGAAAAUAUCGAUCAUCGGAAGAAGAAAAUAGUGCAUCCGAUGGAAAUGAUGAUAGCGAUGCAUCGAAUGAUGACGACGAAAUGCCACACGAUACCAGCCAAAGUAUACUUCGACCAGAAGAAUUUAAAAGUAAAGGCCAUUUCGAUGAUUCGAUCGAAGAUGGAAACGAUUCAGACGAUGGCGAAGAGAGUGAAUCUGAGCUUGGAGAAGAAGAAGAAGAUGUGGAUAGCGAUGAUGAAAAAGUGCCCGAUAUUUCAAAUACCGACAAAUUCGACCUUCAUUUGGGCUACGAUUUAAGUCCGAAAUUGUUGGAAUGCAUGAACGAUACGCACCAUUCGAAAAAAGAGAUUUUAAAUUGGCCAACAUUAAAUCGAAUUCAAAUUGAAAUACCAACUGUGGCCCAUGACACCGAUUCCAAUCAACCGACAAAGAAAAAGAAGAAAACAUUACUAGAUGACGACACUAUUUACGCAACUGAAGGAACAAUUCCAACCCUAAUCGACGAUCAGAAUUUUGAUUUGGAAGCGGCUGGGAUUAAAGUUCAAUUGCGGCCGAAUGUGGUGGCAGCAAAUAAGUGCAAUGUGAAUAACGAUGGUGACGAUAAAUCCUUUACAAAACUUCAAUGUGAACUUUUUUCCAUAAUGAACAAUUAUCAAGAUUUAUUUUAUUCGCAACGAAGUCAUGCCAAUGGCGAAGAGAUUCGUUUUAUUUACACACUACAUGCGCUAAAUCACAUCAUGAAAACACGAACAAAAGUUCUAAAUCACAAUUUAAAAUUGAAGAUGUUGGCGUCGACCGAUUCCAAAUCGGCCGCUAUUAUUCCGGAUAAAUAUCGCGAUCAGGGACUAUUUCGAACAAAAGUAUUGAUUGUGGUGCCAUUUCGUGAAGCAGCAUUGCGCAUUGUAAACAUAUUAAUAUCGCUUCUAUACCCUGAUACCGAUAAAGAGAGUGGCAGCAAACAAGUUAUGCACUAUAAACGUUUCAUCACUGAAUAUGGCGGUGAAACGUUACAUUUUCCAAAGAAAAAUCCAAAACCAGAAGACUAUGAACAAACAUUUGCUGGAAAUUCGGAUGACACAUUUCGAUUGGGCGUCACAUUCACCCGAAAAUCGAUAAAACUUUAUUCGGACUUUUAUUCAUCGGAUAUUUUGAUUGUGUCACCACUUGGAUUGCGAAUGGUUGUUGGCGCACCGGGCGACAAAGAACGAGACUAUGACUUUUUGGCAUCGAUUGAAAUGUUAAUUUUGGAUCAAGCCGACAUAUUUUUGGCACAAAAUUGGGACCAUUUGUUGCAUGUUUUGGAUCAUCUGCAUUUACAACCGCAAUCGGCACGCAAUACCGACUUCUCACGAGUUCGACCAUGGUGUUUGAAUGGCUGGUCACGUUUCUAUCGUCAAACGUUACUAUUUUCAUCACAUGAACUGGCCGAAUUUCGAUCAUUGUUCAAUACACGCUGUUCAAAUUAUCGUGGCAAGGUGCGUUUGAUGAAUCCCAUCGAAAACGGUUCAAUUAAACACGUUGCAGUUCCAAUUCCACAAAUUUUUCAUCGCAUUGAUGUAUCAUCGAUUCAGUCUUCGUUCGAUCAACGAUUCGAAUAUUUUAUCAACACCAUAUUGCCACAAUUUAAAGCUGCUUCAAAGGCUCAUUGCUUGAUUUUCAUUCCAAGCUAUUUUGAUUUUGUUCGCAUUCGGAAUUACUUUAAGAAGGAAACCAUGAAUUUUACACAAAUUUGCGAAUAUACAAAGGAUGCCAAAAUUGAUCGGGCCAGAUCGAUGUUUUUCCACAGUGGUGCACAUUUUAUGUUGUAUUCAGAACGUGCACAUUUUUUCCGGCGCACACGUAUCAAGGGAAUUCGUCACUUAAUCAUGUAUCAGCCAUCAACAUGGCCACAUUUCUAUUCCGAAAUGAUAAAUCUUAUGCAAGAGGCUAACCAAAAUGCACGAGAUGGCAUUGAAAAUUCAAUGAGUGUAACCGUUUUAUACACAAAAUAUGACCUGCUUCAAGUGGCUGCAAUUGUCGGUUCGGUGCAAGCCAAUGAAAUCGCGCAAUCAAGUAAAACAACGCAUGUAUUCAUGACUGGAGAAUAAUGAGAAUUGGCUAAAUUUGUUAAAAGUUUUUAUUUAUGAAAUUUAUAACAUUAUUGCUAAUUGAAUUCCAAGAUUAUUUGCAAUUUUUAGGAGCAAUAGCUGCGCAUUUCAUAGCUCGCCAAUAAUUUUAAGAUAUAUUUCA